CCCCAGGUUGUGUGUAUCUGUCGGGGGGUGGGGGUGCAGCCCCGGUCCCCCGCCCCUUCCCGCAGGCUGUAGGGCUUGGUCGGGGGUUUGCGGCCCUGGAUGGCGGGUAGCAGGCCCGGCGCUGGCGGCAGGCGGAAGGGCAGUGGCUGGCUGGGCGCGGCACAGCGAGCCCGGGGCAGGGCAGAGCCCGGCCCGUCAUCACUUCCCCACGGCUGCAGCGGCGGGGCGCGGAUGCCCAGAGGCGGCUGGUGCGCUCCGCGCUGACCUCGGUCCCGCUGUGUUGGUGUCGCUGCAGAGAUCCUCCUCCUCCCCCGCGCCGCCCGGCUGCAGCAGCAGGCACCAGCCGCGGGCACCAGCCGCCACCAUGAGCUCCUGCAGCUCGGACAAGUCCCAGAGCAGCUCGGCCUGCAACACCCCGCUCACCCCGGCGCAGCAGCAGGCGGCGGCGGUCGGCGCCGAGCAGGACUGGGCGGCGGCCAAGGCUUUCUACGACAACCUGGUCUCCACCAAGAGACCCCGACCGCCUAAGCCCCAAAAUGCCACCACUGUGGCAGUCUCCUCCCGGGCUCUCUUUGACAUGGUGAAAGACAGGAAAAUCUACGAAGAGGAAGGGGUGGAAACCUAUGUGAAGUACCAGGAGGAAAACGAGAACGUCCCCCUGAAGCCUGGGCCAGCUUUCUAUUUUGUCAAGGCACUAGAACAGGUCAAUGCCCGGCUUCGUGAGCUUUACCCUAAUGAUGAAGAGCUAUUUGAUAUUGUUCUGAUGACUAAUAACCAUGCCCAAGUGGGAGUGAGACUCAUAAACAGCAUCAAUCACUAUGGUUUAUCGAUUGAACGCUUCUGUAUGACUGGUGGAGAAAGCCCUAUUGGUUACCUAACAGCAUAUCUUACCAACUUAUACCUUUCUGCUGACUCUGAAAAAGUCCAAGAAGCUAUAGAAGCAGGCAUUGCAUCUGCUACAAUGUUCACUGCAAAUAAAGACAUACCUUACUGUGAUAAGCAGCUGAGGGUGGCGUUUGAUGGGGAUGCUGUUCUCUUUUCUGACGAAUCAGAGCAGAUUGUCAAAGAGCAUGGAUUAGAUAGAUUUUUUGAACACGAACAGAUGAAUGAGAAUAAGCCCCUUGCACAGGGUCCUUUGAAAGGUUUUCUGGAAGACUUAGGGAAGCUGCAGAAGAAAUUUUAUGCAAAAGACGAACGAUUAGAUUGUCCUAUAAGGACCUACCUCGUCACAGCUAGAAGCGCAGCAAGUUCUGGAGCCAGAGUGCUGAAGACUCUCCGUAGCUGGGGUUUGGAGAUUGAUGAGGCACUUUUCCUUGCAGGAGCUCCUAAAGGACCGAUUUUGGUGAAAAUACGGCCUCAUAUUUUCUUUGAUGAUCAGAUGUUUCACAUUGAAGGAGCACAACAACUGGGUACUAUAGCAGCACAUGUACCUUAUGGCAUUGGUCAGAAGUACAACAAAUCCAAACCUAAAGAUGACACUGUUAAAAAAUAGCUUCCCUUUAACUUAGACAGCCUCUAACACAUCAAUAGUUAAGUCUGAAAACUCUACCUUUGUAUAUUAUAAGGAGUAUGUUUAAAGAUUUGACCUCGGUAGCUAAAUAAGUUUUAAAAGGAAAUAUUUUUAAUAUAAGUUUUUUUAAAUAGUACUCUUGAACACUUUUUGGUUUGGUUUGCUAGGUCUAGCACUGUCGUUUUUUAAUAUUAGGAAAAGUCUUGUAUUGAUUUUAUAGUUUAAACUAUAUUUUAAAGACAUAUAUAUAUGUAUAUAUAUGUCUUUAAAAUAUAUAUGUGUGUGACUUCUCUGAAAGUGUUGUAAAUGGGUUAUUUAUAACGUGAAUCAUGCUGCAUAAAGAAUAUUUACAGGUUAUUUUUGAAAAGACCAAAAACGUGGUGCGAGUAUGUUUACCUAUUCAGGGUCAGUUUGUUGAAUAUGUGCUCAGUGAUUGUGUCAUCAUGAAUCUUUGAUCUGUAUGGGUGAUUUGUAAUUCCAGUGGAAACUGUUAGUUUGUGUGGCCUUGUGUUUACAGGAACCCUUUAUUUUUCUAAACUAUUUUUCCUACUCGAAUA